UUAACGGAUUAAUAUGUCCUUAAAAGAUCGUGCUUCAAGUCAACUCGUUGAUUACGGCAAACAGAUGAAGGAUGAAAACAACAUUCUCACCAUGUCUAGUGGUGCUCCGAUCUUCAACAAAAAUGCUGUAUUGACUGUUGGACAGAGAGGCCCAUUAUUAAUGCAGGAUGUUGUUUAUAUGGAUGAAAUGCGCAUUCCCGAACGAGUGGUUCAUGCAAAGGGGGCCGGUGCUCAUGGAUAUUUUGAAACAACUCAUGAUAUUAGUAAAUAUUGUAAGGCUGCUAUUUUUAAUCAAAUUGGAAAGCGAACACCUCUUUUUAUUAGAUUCUCAAGCGUCGGUGGGGAAAGAGGAAGUGCUGACACUGUUCGAGAUCCGAGAGGAUUUGCAAUUAAAUUUUAUACUGAAGAAGGGAAUUGGGAUUUAGUUGGAAAUAAUACUCCGAUAUUCUUCAUCCGUGAUCCAUUCCUCUUCCCGAAUUUUAUUCAUACACAGAAAAGAAAUCCAGUUACUCACUUGAAGGAUCCUGAAAUGGUGUGGGACUUUUGGUCACUUCGUCCUGAAUCUCUUCAUCAAGUUAUGUUUCUCUUUUCUGAUCGAGGUAUUCCUGAUGGUUUUCGACAUAUGAACGGUUAUGGUUCACACACUUUUAAAUUGGUCAACAAGGAAGGGAAAGCUGUUUAUUGUAAAUUUCAUGCAAAGACUUCUCAAGGUAUUAAAAAUCUUUCGGUAGAGAAGGCUCAACAAUUGGCUUCUGAGGAUCCUGAUUAUGGAUUGCGUGAUCUUUACAAUAGUAUUGAAAAUGGACAAUUUCCUCAAUGGGAUUUCUUUGUUCAAAUAAUGUCAUUCGAAGAGGCUGAAAAUUUCAAAUGGAAUCCUUUUGAUUUGACAAAAAUUUGGCCACACAAAGAAUUUCCUCUUAUUCCUGUUGGUCGUAUUGUGCUUAACAGAAACCCGAAGAAUUAUUUCGCUGAAGUAGAACAGGCCGCUUUUGCACCUUCACGCAUUGUGCCUGGAAUUGAGUUUUCCCCAGAUAAAAUGCUUCAAGGUCGUCUCUUCUCCUAUCCGGAUACUCAAUUUCACCGUCUCGGACCAAAUUUUAUGAAGCUACCUAUUAAUUGCCCGUUCAGAACGCGUGUUCGAAAUACUCAGAUCGACGGAUGGCAUUGCUCUGAUGAGAACCGAAAUGGGGCACCUGUAUAUCACCCAACCUCAUUCAAUGGACCAAGCGAAUUAGCAACUGCACAGGAAAGUAUUUGGUCGACGACGGGAGAAGUAAAUCGUUAUAAUACAAAGGAUGAUUCGAAUUAUGACCAGCCUGCUUCUUUUUGGGAAAAGGUUUUGGACGAAGAACAUCGUAAACGCUUGACACGUAAUAUUGCCGCUUCGCUGGGUCAGACAUCGCUUAAAACCCAAGAGCGUGUAAUUCAGGAAUUUAGUAAAGUGAACGAAGAACUUGGGAAAAUGAUUCAGAAAGAAUUGAGUGCUAAUAAGGAGCGGCCCCAUCUGUGA